AUGAGUCGAAGCGCAAUAAAAGACAAGGGUCGACGGUUCUUCGGGCGCAUCCUUCCUCGGAAGGUUGAACCGGCCCCGUCGAAACCUGACGAGCAGCCCGAGGUCGACCCGAGGCAGAACCUGAGGAUCAGCGACGACGAGGUUGGAUCGUCGUCAGCUUCGACAUCCAUUCGAGAGAACGAUAAUCACGUUGAUCCGGAGGCACAAGAUGCAUCACAGGCACACCAGCCUUCGUUGUGGGAUAAGGCGUACGCAAGACUGGUGGAAGAAGACAGCAAACUAGUUGGAGACUACGACGAACUUCUUUCCAAAGAGAUGGAAAGACAAACACGCGAAGAUUCGAAGCCCGAUAGUCCGGCCGAAGACAAUUCCCACACCUUGGCUACAGAAUCUGCGUACGCGCGACGCCAGAAACUUGAGGAGAUGGCUCGCAAGGGCUUGGACCAUUUGGAUGGCAAAAGAGUCGCCUACCAAGUGUUUGGCCAUGAAUUCACACCUUCGGCCCGCAUCGCCCAAGCAGCCGAGCUACUGCAGUGGGCCAAGACAUUCAUCGACAAAGCGAUACAAGCGUCUCCGGAAGCCUCUCUAGCAUGGGCAGGCGUCUCCUUGGUUUUCCCGCUGCUCAUCAAUCCCGUCAACGCAGAUCAGGAACAUCGUGACGGGUUCGCGUACGUGACGACAAGGAUGCACUACUACGCCGAACUCGACCGCCCCAUCCGAUCCCUCUGGAACAGAGUGGACGACACAGCCCUUGUAGGGGCGGCAGAGGAGCAUCUGGUGGGACUUUAUCAGCUGUUUCUUGGGUUCCAACUGCGAAGCGUUUUGCGUUUCUAUCGGAAUCAGUUCAAGACCUAUCUGCGCGAUUCGAUCGAGCACGAUAACUGGAAGAGCCUCCUCGAGGAGAUCAAAGGUCAAGAGCGUUCUGUCGAUGAAGUCGUCGCAAACCUCAACAAUCUCCGCAUGGGGCAAGACUUGGAAAUGCUUCGGCAGUAUACCCAGCAAUCCCUCGACCAGAGCACUAGGCUACUCGCCACCGCAGACAAACACCUGGAAAUCUCAGAGAAAUCACUCGACGUAGCUUCUCGACAGCUUCAACUGACACUCUCUGCCAAAGAGAACGAAUGUCAUCAGCUCUUUCGGCUCGCCACACCGGGCAUCGAAGAGCCAUACGAGUGGUACAAGGGCAGGAUUCAGGACCGGGUUGAGGGCACUUGCCAAUGGUUUCUCAAGCACCAAUCCUAUCGACGCUGGAUUGCACAAGAUUCCGGGCUUUUGCUGGUGACCGCCAACCCCGGAUGCGGCAAAUCCGUACUUGCAAAGUACCUGGUCGACGACAUACUCCCGAACUCCGCGAGUCCGCCGCCGCUUGUUUGCUACUUCUUCUUCAAGGACCAGGACCAGAACACCGUGGCCAAAGCUUUGUGUGCAGUCUUGCAUCAGCUGUUUACGCUACGCCCAGACCUGAUCAGACAUGCGAUACCGGAAUACGAUAAGAAUGGAAAACGUCUGGUUGGCAUUUCAUCGUCACUCUGGAAGAUUCUCAGCGACGCGACCGGGCAACUUGGUUCCGAACGGGUUGUUAUCGUUCUCGACGCGUUGGAUGAGUGCGAAGAGUCUCAACUGAAAGAUCUCCUGAGAGACCAAGAGACCGACAACAACGUGAAGUGGCUCAUGACCAGUCGGCCAUACGACAGCAUCACCUCUCAGUUCUAUGGCCAGGCGAAUUCCUUCAGCAUUCAUAUUCCUGGAGAGAACGAGUCGGAUGCUCUUGCUGAGGAGAUCAACCUCGUCAUCGAACAUCGAGUCUCGAAACUCGCAAAGAGGAGAAUAGGCGGAAACCGAACUUUUCUCAACGACGAGCUCAAAAACCAUCUCCUGGAUACGGUUCUCCAAAUGGAGCACAGAACAUACUUGUGGCUCGAUCUCGUCUUUGAAGACUUGGAAAAGCGCAACUUGAAGAAGACAAAGGGCGGCAUAGACUCGGCUGUUUUGUCACUCCCAUCAACCGUCAACGAGGCUUACGAGAGGAUAUUGUCCAAGUCGACUGAUCCUGCAACGACCGAGAAGGUUCUUUGCAUGAUAGUCGCAGCUGGCAGGCCUCUAAGUGUCUCGGAGAUGAACUAUGCUGUCAACGCGGACACUGUUGAAAACGUUGACGAUCUUGAGUUGGAGUCUGAUGAAGAUUUCCAGGACAGAUUGAGGUCUUUGUGUGGACUUUUUGUGUCCAUUCACGAGGAUAAAGUCUACCUUUUGCACCAAACCGCCAAGGAAUUUCUGCUGGAAGGUGACGAUACCAUCCAGUCCCAACAGCUCACAACAAGGGCCAUUCAAGGAGUUCCACAAUCUCACGAAAAUACAAAUCGGGUAUGGAAGAACUCGAUCUCCAGGAACGCGGCUCAUCGAAUGGCGUUUGAAGCGUGCUUUGCAUCACUAAACCAGACAACCACCGAAUCAAGUCAUACACAUUGUCACCCUCAAGAAGGAGGACGCGAACUGUUCUGGGAUUACGCAAUCAACAACUGGCCGACACAUCUCAUGCAGUCCGGAGCAAUCGCCGAAAUCGACACCUUUCUCAAAGUUCUGUACUUUGUGCAACAGAAUUUCCGCGCCGCGGGGUCGAUUAAAGGGAGCUUUCUCCGCAACUUUGGAGGUCGCCGCAUCUUCAAGUACUUAUGCCGCCCGAUCUAUGGAAAGUACUGCCCGAAGGUUGCUGCGCAACUCGAAUUGAUGAAGGGGAGCAACAGGUUAUGA